AUGAGUAAUGCUGCAGAAAAAAUAAGUGAUUUAUUCAAUGUUUCCCUAAAUGAACUUGAAACGAAUAUUGUUGCAAGUGCUGUCAAAUUCAAUUCAUAACCUUAGCGUUUGCUUGAUGAAUUAUAAUAAUCAGUUAUGGAUUUUAAGUCUAAAUUUUAUGAUUCUCUACAUAACUUAUUAUAAUUUAUAGCUUAAUUUAAUAAUGGCAAGGAUAUAUUAAAGAUAGCUCAAUAAGUUGAAACAAACAUAACAAAAUUCAAAUAAUAAUAACUUCUUGUGUAGAUGAAAGUCGUGCUUAAUAGCAAACUAAAAGCCUUAUUAGAAACAUUUUGCGGAGAAAAUCAACAAAAAUUUGAAGUCUAAAAUUAAAUCAAACAUCUUAAAGAAUCAUUGUUAAAGAUUGAAACAACUCUAAUGGAAUAGUAAUAGCUGACAUCUACGCCCUAAUAAAAUUUUAUAACACCAUAUCCAAAGAAAAAUUUCAUCACUGCUUCCUCUUAAGAUAUCUUAACACCUAAUUUAAGCGAUGAAGCUGAAAUGAGAGGAAAAGGUUUCUUCAUCACUCCAGAAAACAGACAAUAACAGCCAAGACAAUUUGAUCACUCCUAAUAAUAAUAUUCUUCAAAUGAAAGUAACUCUGUUUAACAAAAUAAAACAUUAAAUUCUUUCGACAAAGAAAAAUCUGAAGAUAAAACUGAUUUACAAAGUCCAUUUUUUGGAUUACAAUAAGAUCAUCCCAAAUAACCAAAACUGUUUCAAAAUGAAAUAAUGAAUGAUUAUUUGCAAAGAGUUCCUCUCGAAGAAGGUCCUUAGGAAUCACAAUUAUUGGAUGAAUCUAAUCAAUAUUUUCACUAAGAUUAAAUAAUUAAAACAACAUAAUAAUAACAUUAGUAAUAACCAUUGUAAUAAUAAUAAUCGAAUAAGAUUCAAUAAAAGCAGCAAGCAUAACCUUAAAUAUAAACUCAAUGGCAAAAUUUAUAACUAUAAUAAACAUUCUAACAUAUAGAUUCGCUAUAAACUACUAGAACUGAACAAUUUGAAACUCAACCUAGAGUAUCAACCCCUAAAGAAAAUUAGAUAUAAACUCGAAAUUAAUCAGUUGAACCUAAUAUCAGAGAGAUUUCUUAAUCACCUAAUGGAAAAAGAUUAAUAUAAACUUCGAAAUCAAAGGAACCAUUUUCAAGAUGUAGGUCAUCAUUGGAAACAACCAAUCUACUUUAAAAGUUAAACUCAGCUGAGGCAUCAAAGCCAACGAAUAAACUUAAUAAAUCAAAAUCAAAUAAAGAAAAUUAGGCUUAGCCUAUGGUUAAGUGUUCAAAACCUAGUAAACCUCAAAUUACUGUUUAAAAGCAAAAAAAUUAAGUAGUUACUAGGCCUCAGUCAUCUAUAAAUAUAGUUAAAAAAUAAAAGUCAAAUUGA